GAUAUUGAACAAUAAUAAUGAUAAUAAUUUUUGUUUCAUCAAUUUUUUGGCUGUUAGCAUUGGAUUUUAUUUUUGGAAAAUUAAAAUUCAACAAAAAAAAAAUAUUUAUUUUUCUAAUUAUAUUCUGUGUAAAUUGUUUAUUCUCAUUAUUCACUAAUUUUGAUAUGAGGUACCUUAACAUAAUUAGAACCUACAAGAUUAUAAUUUUUAUAAAAUGCCGAAGCUGUUUUGUUGGGUUGAUGAAAAGAAAUGCCAGAUUUUUUCACUUUUUAGAUAAAAUUUUUUAAUAACAUUAAAUAACAACGUUGACACAGUCUUAUAUUUUUUUUUAAAAGAUUAUUUAAUAUUCUCCACGAUACAAGCACUAUACCCUGCCAUCCACAACUUAUCCUGAAGUAACAACACUGUAUACAGGAGAUUCAACUCCCAGCGCAUUGUUCAAAAUAUUAUGAGGACAAGAAAAUUCCGCGCAUGAGGUCUGGUGUUGGUACCAUGUAUGUGAUGCAGUGCAUUGGUUUGCACCCGCGUAGCAUCGGGCAUGUGGCAUUUCAUACCUAUUUAUGACUUGCCUCGCUUCCGCCCAAACACAAGAGUUCACUCCGAGCCAUCGAAGUGAACAGACGUCGGCGCUGACAGAAAAUUAAUUCUGAAAAUUAAUAGUGAGUGGUGACAGUGUGGUGGUAGUGCGUGACAAGACGAACAGAGAAGCAUACAACUGCAGGGAGAAGCAGAUAUUCAAGGAAGUAUCGUUCUGUUUCGUUAUACAGUGCAGCUCAAGAUUAUUGAGACACUGCAUAGCGAAGUGAUAAAUUUACUAGUGACAUUUUUUAUCUUUUCAGUGAAGUACAGGAGGAAGCCACGCAAGACGGGCUUGGGGACAGAAUGUCCGCCAAGAGGACAAAGCUGAUUCUGCCGGACGAAAUUUCGUCUGAAGAGGAGGGAACCACGGGCCCUACAACGAUGAUGGAGGGGAACUCGAGCCUCCUCAUGCGAAUUGCGGAGCUGGAACAAGAAAAGGCCGACAUGGCGCAGCAGUUGGAGUGCCAGAUGGCAUUCAUCAAGGAGCUGCAGCAGCAGAUGGCUGAAUUAAAAGCAGCUAACAUGGCCGCGAAGCAGCCGGUCCAACAGCAAGAAGUGCAACAGCAGCAGCUAAUUAAGCAACAGCGACAACAACAGCAGGAGCAGAGGAAGCAGCAGCGACAACAGCAGCAGCAGCAGCAACGACAGGAGCAGCAAAGCGAAGAAGAUGACGGCAUGUGCCCGGAGGUCAUCAUCGAGGAGGAGGAAGGAGACCCCUUCAACUUCGUCGUCCGAAAAAAGAAGGCAUCAAAUAAGACUAAGUUCAAGCUAUCCGGAUAUAGCAUUGGUGACCUUCACAUUCAAAAUAUGAUGGGGGCAGACUUCUACAAUUACCUUGGAAUUCUGCAAGGAACCCAUGCUCGAGUGGGUGCUUUGAAGGAUGUUUUGCUGACCGAACUCCAGCUAUGUGUGAAGCUGGUGCUAAAAUCGCAUCUCCCGGGGAAGAAUAAAACGAGCGCGUUGAAUAUAUUCGCUAUCUCUUCACUGGCGUAUGCAUUUUUAAUAUUGCCGUGGAUGAAGAAUGAUCUGGAUAACCUCCAGUGGCGGAUAUGGACUACUACGCUCAAAUUCCGAAUGCAUCAUCCAAAUUCUGCCAUGGAUUGGAUGAGCCUGCCCCGUAACCUCGCACAACAUCACCGCCAAGUCGAUUCGCUACGCGCUUAUUUUUAUAGCAAGGAACAGGCGAGUGCCUUGCAUGCAUUGUUUCUAAUGAUCCUUACAGUCACAGCUAGGUUCCGAAAAUUUAGUAUGGUUAAAUCAAAGAGUGAACAUAUUCUUCAAAAGGAACAGGCUGGAAACAAGAAACAUGAGGAUAUUUGUAGGCAAUGUCCUACAAUUUCAUCCAAUGAUAAGUACGAGGGUAGUUCAAUAAGUCCUUAGAAUGACCAACGGAUGGCGCGCGAAUCGCCUUAAAUCAUCUGUUUUUAGUCAGCGCCACUCCCGACUAGAUAUAUAGUGCAGUCACAGUCCACAUCUUCUGAGUUUACAUGUUUUUAUAAUCAAUUGAAAAAAAAAAAAAAUUGCUUGUUAAAAAAAAUGGAAAAAAACGAGUUCAGAGCGGUAAUAAAACAUUUUCAUUUAAAGGGCUUAACUCCAUAUGAGAUAAAAAAUGAAUUAGACUCGGUUCAUGGCACAUCUGCCCCCGGCUUAGCAACGGUUUAUAAUUGGGUAAAUGAAUUGAAGCGUGGUCGUAAAUCAACAAGUGACGAACCACGUUCAGGAAGGCCCGUAGAAGUGACUACUCCCGAAAUCAUCAAUAAAAUCCACGAUAUGGUGUUGAAGAAUAGAAGAUUAAAAGUGCG